UGGAACUGCUCGCUGAUCAACCCGAAUACCAUGGAAGUGUUCGGCGACAUGAUCUUAAGGCAUGGUACUCGAGAAGCUGCAUUUGUACAUGCGAUUUCAUCAGCUGGUAUUGCCUACCGUAUUACAAAGGAUUGCUCAAAAGGGCUGAUUGAUAAGUGCGGAUGUGAUCUGAGUGCCUUGAAACGAACGGAGCAGUACAAUUGGAAUGGAUGCUCGGAUAAUGUUCGCUAUGGUGUAGCUGUUUCACGAGCUUUUGCUGAUGCCGCCGAAAAGGGAAAAAAUCAGACAGUGGAGAGGAGAAUCAUGAACUUGCACAAUAAUAAUGCUGGAAGACAAGUUUAUUUGGAAGCAUCUCCGGAUUACUGUGAGUCGGAUCCGGAGCGUGGUAUUCUCGGCACACAUGGUCGCCACUGUAAUAUCUCUUCGCAUGGUAUCGAUGGUUGCGAUUUGCUGUGUUGUUAUCGUGGAUUCGAUACGCGGGUACGUAAAGUGAUCGAUCGGUGUAACUGUAAAUUUCACUACUGCUGCCAGGUGAUCUGCCAGCCGUGUGAAAAAAUUAUUGAGGAUCAUAUAUGCAAGUAA